UCGAUUAUAUAUUUUGGUUUGUUUUGAUUUGCCAUAGCAACUGCUGCCAGUGUAUGGUUUCCUAACACACCGGCGUAAAUUAUUCAUUGUAGAGGUGGUGGUAGUGCUAGAGCUACUAUUGUGAAUAGUAGCACGUUACAGCAAACAUUGUAUAACACCGCACUAACGUAAUCAACUCUAAAUACAUUAAAGGCACCUUUUUCGUGGAAGAUUCAGCCGGAGGGUUAGAGAAUGUCUGUAAACACUGGCCGUGGUUUACCUUUUUUGCCAGGAAAUUCUUUUCGGGACAUUACGAAGUCAGCUUUCAACCUGUCCCAAACAUUGGCAUACAAGAAUGGGUAUGCCCUUCCACGUCGGCCUACGGUGGGCAUCGGACAAACCCCCCUCUUAUCAGAGCAGCUGACCCAGAAUGAGUUCAACAAGCUGUCCGAAGAGACCUCUCUUUUGACGUACGGCACCACCCACCGUAAACCUGCACUGGACUUCAUCCCUGCUCAUGUGGCCUAUGACAAGAAGGUGCUGCAUUUCUAUGCAUACUUUCAACAGAAAGUGCAGCACUCUCCGGAUGAGGAGUACCGCGUUCGUCCUGUGGUCAUCUACUACUACCUGGAGGACGACAGCAUGCUCAUCUCUGAGCCUACGGUGGAAAAUUCUGGGAUACCCCAGGGCAAGCUGAUCAAGCGCCAUCGUUUGCCCAAGAACGACCGCGGUGACCCCUACCACUGGAAGGACCUGAACCAAGGCAUGGACCUGUGUGUGUACGGUACAUGCUAUCGCAUCACACACUGUGAUGCCUUCACACAGGACUUCAUGGAGAGUGAGGGCCUGGUCCUGAACGACCCGGAGCCGACCCCGGUCGACCCCUACCUCACACGGCGUACCCCGGCCCAGCGCUCUUACGUCACCCCCUAUGACUUUGACCGUCUGAAGCAGUUUGUGACCAUGGACCGCAAGGUGCUGCGAUUCUAUGCGCUGUGGGACCACACUGACUCCCUGUACGGUGAGACCCGACCCGUCACCAUCCAGUACUACCUGGUGGAUGACUCUGUGGAGAUCCGAGAGGUCCACAAGCCCAACAGUGGGCGAGACCCCUUCCCAGUGCUGCUUCGCAGACAGAGGCUGCCCAAGACCACCAAGCCAACCUGUGAGCCCUUUCCCAGAUGUGUGCUGGAGGUGUCAUCACAGGAAGUGCAACAGUACUACACCCCGAAGGACUUCCGGGUAGGGGAGACGCUCAUGCUGAUGGGGAGACGUUUUCUGCUGUAUGACUGUGAUGAGUUCACCAAGAACUUCUACAAGCAGAACCACCCCGACAUCGACAUUAAGCCCAGGGAAGUGGCCAGGAAGAUGGAACAGGACCAGAAAAAAAGCUUUCCACCUUACAACGGUUACGGAUCCUUGGAGGAUUCACUCCAGAACUGCUUCUCUCUGGUGCCUGAGCCCCCCAAGAAGGACCUGAUGAAGAUGCUGGAGAACGACCACAAAGAGCUGCGCUAUGCUGCUAGGAUGGACUCUCAGAAUGCUCAUGAUGAGGGCCGGCGCUUCAUCCUCUCCUACUUCCUGUCCGACGACAUGAUCAGUAUUUUCGAGACGUCCACACGCAAUUCUGGGAUAAUCGGCGGCAAGUUCCUGGAGAAGACUCGCAUUCCAAAGCCAGGCUGCUGCGUGGACAACCCCGAAUUCUAUGGGCCUGCCGACUUUGCCAUUGGAGCUACCUUAGAGGUUUUCAGACACAGAUUCAUAUUGACCGAUGCUGACCACUAUGUGCUCAAAUACCUGGAGUCCAUCUCGGACCAGAUCCCCACUCAGACACUGGUGUCCCUUAGGCAGAAGCUAGGGCUUGGCCGGGGCCUGGAACAGGGAGACGACCAAACCAGCACCUCUCCUGGGUUGGGUCACAGCUCAGAUGAGAUAAAAGAAGCAGAGCAGUCUUCAUGAUGCCAGAAGCUUCCUUCCAUUCUAAACAAGUGUCUUUCCCUUCCUCAUCUUUGACCCCUUCAACAGAUCCUACAAUCCAUGGCAUCAUCAUACCCAUGCAGUAUCUAUCUAGUGUUAAUAAAUGGCAUAUUUAAAUCAUUUCAGCUCUUGUUUCCUGUUGUUUCUUUCUACAGUAACAUUGUGCAAUGUACAUACACAUCUGUCCUCACCAUU